GCCGUCACUGCUGCUGCUGCUGCUGCUCGAGUCUCACCUCCGCGACUCCCGUUACAUGGACAACAAGUGAACUGCCGCUCCUGCCCCUGCCACUGCCCUCGCCGCCUCCUCCUCAUCUUCCUGCUCCUUCUCUUCCUCCCACUUCCAGGCUGCGCCCGAAGCCCCCUAACUCAUUUGACACUGGCACUACCACGAAGAGCGUCCCUGGCACAAAUUACACUCAGUCUCGUUCCCUGGGCACCCUCAGGGCAUCUGAACCCUUUCCUCGGUGCUUCUCUAAACUUGUUACAAAGUUGCUCGGGUCCCUCCUCCUUCUCACUGCCUCCCUUGGCCCCUUUGCCGCCCGUGCAGCUCUCGUCCCCCUCUCUCCUGCUCCAGGGGCUGUGUGGCGGGACAGUGAGGGGAGCAGCCCUUUUUCUCCUCCACGCGCGUCUCAGCCUCCUCCUGCUGCUACUGCUGCUGCUGCUGCUGCUGCUGCUGGGCAGAUGAUGCUGAAGAUGUUGUCCUUUAAGUUGCUGCUCGUGGCUGUGGCUCUGGGCUUCUUCGAAGGAGAUGCCAAGUUUGGAGAAAGGAACGAAGGAGCUGGUGCGCGGAGGAGAAGGUGUCUGAAUGGGAACCCACCCAAGCGUCUGAAAAGGAGGGAUAGGAGGAUGAUGUCCCAGAUGGAAUCCCUAAGCGGGGCAGAAGCUGUCUGUGGUGCCUUCUACCCUCGGCUCUCCUGCUGUUCCCGGAUUGACAGUCAGUCUCUGCUGCACAUGGAAUCCAAGAUAUUUUCUGUUACCAACAACACAGAGUGUGUGAAACUUGUGGAGGAGAUCAGAUGUGCCCACUGCUCACCACAUUCUCAGAAUCUAUUCCAUUCAUCUGAAAGAGGGGAUGCCUCUGAAAGAGACCUAGCCUUGCCCUUGCUGUGCGAAGACUAUUGCAAAGAAUUCUAUUACACGUGUAGAGGCCACAUUCCAGGUUUCCUUCAAACUACAGCUGAUGAGUUUUGCUUUUACCACGCAAGAAAAGAUGGUGGGUUGUGCUUUCCAGAUUUUCCAAGAAAACAAGUGAGAGGCCCAACAUCUAACUAUUUGGACCAGAUGGAAGAAUAUGACAAAGUGGACGAGAUCAGCAGAAAGCACAAACACAGCUGCUUCUGUGCCCAGGAAAUUGUGAGCGGGUUGAGGCAGCCUGUUGGAGCCCUCCACUGUGGGGAUGGGUCCCAUCGUCUCUUCAUCCUUGAAAAGGAAGGCUACGUGAAGAUAUUCACCCCAGAAGGAGAAAUUCUCAAGGAGCCUUUUUUGGACAUACACAAACUUGUUCAGAGUGGAAUAAAGGGAGGAGAUGAAAGAGGACUGCUAAGCCUUGCAUUCCAUCCCAAUUACAAGAAAAAUGGAAAGCUGUAUGUGUCUUAUACCACCAACCAAGAACGAUGGGCCAUCGGACCUCACGACCACAUUCUUAGGGUCGUGGAAUAUACAGUGUCCAGGAAAAAUCCCCAACAAGUUGAUAUGAGAACAGCCCGCAUGUUCCUGGAGGUAGCGGAGCUGCACAGGAAGCAUCUAGGUGGACAGCUGUUGUUUGGCCCCGAUGGCUUUUUGUACAUUUUCCUCGGCGAUGGGAUGAUCACCUUGGACGACAUGGAAGAAAUGGACGGUUUAAGUGAUUUUACAGGUUCGGUGUUACGGCUGGAUGUAGAUACUGACAUGUGCAAUGUGCCUUAUUCCAUACCGAAGAGCAAUCCACACUUUAACAGCACCAAUCAGCCCCCCGAAGUAUUUGCACAUGGGCUCCACAAUCCAGGCAGAUGUGCAGUGGAUCGACACCCCACAGAUGUAAAUAUCAACUUAACAAUACUUUGCUCAGAUUCAAAUGGAAAGAACAGAUCAUCAGCCAGAAUCCUACAGAUCAUAAAAGGGAAAGACUAUGAAAGUGAGCCGUCGCUCUUAGAAUUCAAGCCAUUCAGUAAUGGGCCCCUGGUUGGUGGAUUUGUUUACCGAGGUUGCCAGUCUGAAAGACUCUAUGGAAGUUACGUGUUUGGAGACCGGAAUGGAAAUUUUCUAACUCUUCAGCAGAGCCCAGGAACCAAACAGUGGCAAGAAAAACCUUUAUGUCUCGGCAAUGGCGGCUCCUGUAGAGGCUUCUUCUCAGGUCACAUUUUAGGAUUUGGAGAAGAUGAAUUAGGUGAAGUGUACAUUUUAUCAAGUAGUAAAAGCAUGACCCAGACUCACAAUGGAAAACUCUACAAAAUUGUGGACCCCAAAAGACCUUUAAUGCCUGAAGAAUGCAGACCCACCAUUCAGCCUGUCCAGCCCCUAACAUCGGAAUGCUCUCGGCUUUGUAGAAAUGGCUACUGCACGCCUACAGGAAGAUGUUGCUGUAGUCCAGGUUGGGAGGGUGACUUCUGCAGAAUCGCAAAAUGUGAGCCAGCCUGUCGCCACGGAGGAGUUUGUGUUAGACCAAAUAAGUGCCUAUGUAAAAAAGGAUACCUGGGACCUCAAUGUGAACAAGUGGAUAGAAACAUCCGCAGAGUGACCAGGGCAGACAUCACCUAGAUGAAACCGCUUUACCAUGUCCUGUAAAAUACUAAAGUUACAUUUUUCACCAACUUAAUUGGAAUGACGGGGAGUGAGAGAGAGCAAACAUGCUCUUUAAUGUGCUGUGGAUCUAAGCUAGCCAUGUAUCCUUGGGUCAACAUGUAAUCAUUCACGACGGGAUGAAAAAAAGCAAGAAAACAACCAGUCAUUUUAAAAUUCCAGCAGUAAACAUUUGUAAAGUGCUUUUCACCAUAGCAGGACUGCCCAGAUUGUAUGGGAUUAGAACUGUGUCGAUUUCACACUGCAUGGAACUCUCCUGGAGAAGAGCUUAUCCUGAACCAAUCUUGGAAAGCUCUUUACAUAACGAAUUCUUGCCAAAUAGGACUUUUCAUGUAAGUGUCCCUUCAGGAUGCCAUGGAAACCUUCACUUUGGUUAAUGUAUCAAUAAAUCUUCUGUAAAUGUAUUGUUCAGAUUUUUAAAGAAAUGAAAUACUCUAAUUUAAACCUGAGAAAGACAAGAUCUUCUGACUGGUUGGCCUUUUCUUAAUGGUUUUAAGUGGCCAGUUUGCCACCUUCAGAUUGUAAUAAUAGAUUAGGUUUCUUUGCACUACUGAAAAAAAAAAUCUACUCAUGAUGAGCACACUCCUAUAAACACCUGUUCCUUCUGAGUCCUGGGUACAGUGUUGUAAAUUAGGCAGUGUAGACUGGCUUUUCAAAUGUGUUCCAUUUCUCACCUUUAGAAAAAUAAGCCUUGAUUGGGGUAGAGAGGGGGUAGUGAAGGAGGAGGAGGGGAGAGUGAGGAACAGUAUGUUAGUAGGCAGUAUUUCUCUGUUGUUUUAAAGUGAGAGCUCUAUAAUUAAAGCCAGGGAGCAUUUAUAACUAGACCACAAUGCAAAAGGAUGCGUUAAGUCCACUGCAUUUGUCUUCCAUAUAUGAUUGCUUCAGUUUCCAGUGACCUCAUGGCAAAUGGAAAUUGGUUGAGAAAUCUUGGUCCAGUGCUUCGUGAACAAUACCCUGCAUUAAAAAGUGCAUGCAUAAUUUUGCACGAUUUAGAUUCAAUUGACAGUCUAUUCAAAGAAGUCUUGGGAUUAAAUGAGCAUGGAGACCAAAUUGCCCUCUUACCCCAGAAAAGGGGUGGUCCCUGCUAGUCCCACUAACACUUCAUUGGCCCAAUGGUGUGACAAAUCUUGCAAUGAACCCUGCAGCGGCUUGCAUCUGUAGGUUAAGAGCAGUCUUUUGUCUCUGUUGCUUUCUCUUCCUAGCCCCUGUGCUAAAUUCCAUCACAGAAAAAGUUUGACAAUUAAGAAAAUGUCCUGACAACCAUUUUUUUGUAAAUUGACCUUACCAUCUAAUCUUCUCCUAGUCAACGUGGGUGACAUUAACAAAAUGUGAACUUCUCGUGAAUAAACCAGCUGUCUAAAUCUGUCAAAUCAUGCAGUUUUAUUACAUGUUAAACUCUGUAAUUUCUGCAAAAAAACACUAGGGACACUGCCGUAUUUUCAGCAAAAUCUGAACCAUUCAAACUUUCUUCUUACAUAUUUAACAUAUUUCCAAAAAGAUCAUUUGGCCAACACUUCUGUUAGUUACAUUUCCAUUAAAUGAAGGAAAUUUCUUUUUCCCAAGUUGAAAGAGUUCCAAGUAGCUUUAGAGAUCCUUAUAAGCCCCAGUUGUCACUGCCUUGCUUGCUGUGGGUUUUUGGAAUAGAAGAUGAAACUCUAAAAGAAAGAUAGCCCCUUAGUCUGAUGGACUUUAAACUGAAACAUGCUAUCAGGUCCCUGUUGCCUCUUUUUGUCAAGGGGGGGAGGAGAUAUCAAUAACUAAUUAAUGACCAAAAAUUGAAACUUGCCACUCAAUUUUUUUUUAAAUCCAGUGGACAUUUCUUUUAGAGCAACUUUUCAUACACAUCUGUAGGAAAUCUUCUCAACUGGCUUAUUUAUGGUGGAAAGCAGGUAGGAGAUAGUUAAGAGGUAUGUCAUAAAAGGUAAUUAUUUCACCCCAUAUAAGUCAAUCACCAUUUAGCUCCAACAGCUCAUGUUUUAAAAAUGGAAAUGAGGAAAUAUGUACAAAUUUAGAAAAAAAAACUAAUGAAAAUCAUUAUGUGUCAAACACUCUUUUCCCCCUGGUCAUUGGCUUUAAAUUUAAAAUAAGUUUUACAUGAGAUCUGGUAUUGCAGUUACCCAAUGUGGAGGGAAAAAAUGCCAUACUUUUCUAUCAUCCCAUUAACCUCCAAGCCUCCCACUCUGACAAACAAAAUUGCCAGUCUGUGAGAACUUUACCCUGAGCUAAUACACACUAGUUCUCAUCACAUUCAUUUGAAGGUAUUAUGUCCAGUCACUUCUUUCCCACCUGAAAAAUCAAAAUUCAUGGUAAUAAGAUGACUAACCUAAUAAUUACCCAGUACUUAAGUUAUCUUUUUACACCAUCUGUUUUCCAUAAUAUUUAUGGCACUGUCCAAUGAGCUGUCUGUUCAGUCUUGUGGAAUACAUGUUAGUUUCCUUAUUUGUCCCAUUAAGCCAUGGGUCCUUAACUGUUUUUGUGUCAUGGACCCCCUUUGGCAGACUGGUGAAGCCUACCAAUCCCUUCUCCAAAUGAUCUUUAUAAUAUAAAAAAAUAUACAGAAUUAUAAAAGAAAUCAGUUAUAUUGAAAUCCAGUUACUAAAAUAAUUUUUAAAAACAAGUUCUCAGACCCCAUUUUAUGAAGCCCUGAACUAGGCCAACUUUUAAAAAACUGAAUUGAUUAUCUUUGGUCUGCAUCAUGCCAAAAGAGAAACCAACCCCAAAGUAGUAGUGAAGAGACCAGACCAGUGCCAGCGAACAAUAGUCAACUCUAGGGCAACGAAUCAAUUCAAUCGAAUUUCAUUGUGAGCCUAUGUAGAAAGCUACCAGUGAUUUCUUCUUCUCUUUCUUGCCUCCAUUCACCUUUUCCUCCCUUUCUUCUCUGUUGUCCACCUCUAGUGGUUUAGACUGAGUAGACAUUGUCUCACAACAUCCAUAGUUACAGAGUCUCAAGCUCACGCUUUUGCUGCAUCUAAUCGCCUUCAACAUUUUCACUACAAAUUAUCCCACUGGUGAUGUCAAGUUCAGCAUUCCCAAGUCAGAUUCUCCAUGAUGAAGGAUAUAGCAGUCAAGUGUCAACCUAAAAGGCUAAGUAAGCUGUUGUAACCAAUCAAGCUUGGGGAAUGAAAUGAAGUCUUGAUGCCUCAGCUCAACUGGUCACUUCACCACAGAUCCAUAUCCUCUAGGUCAAGGGCAGCAGUCUCAAAUGUUCUACUUAUAGAAUCUAGGGUUCAGCUCAGGGGAGCUACAGGAGUAAAAGUUAGCAGCUGUUUCCCACCUAAGUAGCAACUGCCACACAGGACUCAAUUUUAAAGAACGUUGUUCUAAGAGCAAUGAGCAUGGCCGUUGCGAGAGGAGGAGAAGGAGAUCAGGAGAUCCUUUCCUUAGUAGGGACUUCAUAACCACAUUUGGGAUUACACAGGCAUCUGGGGGAAAGGGAAGCACACACUCAAGUCUAUCAACGAACUCCUAUUUUGAUAACUACAACCCCAGAAAUCUGAGAGUGCUGUUGUGAAUGCUUGUAAAAGUUAAGAAGCUUCUCCUUAAAUUAAGCAAGGGGGAAAGGGAGGAAUGAAUGCACUUCAUUUCAAUUUCUUCCUCUGCCUUUCACAUACAAACUAGUCACACAAGUAAUGAUAAAUGAGACCUGGAGAAGAGCAAGAAAUGUCAAGGACAAUUGAAAAGGGUUGUACUUUUGGCUAUUGGGCCAUGAAAAGGGGUCACCAUGCCUUCCAGUAACCCUCAGGUUCUCACAAGUGUAUUUCUAUCAAAGUUUUUUUUCUCAUGUGCAUUUAAUGAAUCAUAUAAGCACAGCUGUUUAAAAGGAGAAAGUUUAGUCUAGGGUGUCCCUUGUCAGAGCAAUAGAUAUUCUAGGCUGGAUGUAUCCAGUUAUCAGACUUGUGGUUUUUAAAACUAAAUUUCUCUUUUGAAAUGCAUGAAGUUGACAUGAACUCAUUUAGUCUCAUUUCCCAUAACUUUUUAAAAAUAGAUGUGUGAUCUUGAGCAACAGGAAAAUAGUCAAAGAAGAAUGAUCCCAUUUUAUCGAUAUAACUCACAGUGCCUACCAUCUUUAAUCCAGGCAGAAUCUUCAUCAACUUCUGCCCAAAAGAUGUGGUAUUAGGCCUGUCAUGAGUUGUGAAGGUUGGCAUAUGAUGAAGUUGGUAAUUAAAUGCUAUUUUUUCUUUGCAUAUGGUAUAAGAACGAUAAAGCACUAAAUUCCAAAAUGUAUGUGUACAUAUAUAUGCAGCGUAUACAUAAGUAAGAGACAAUAUAUAAACAGUGAGUAUUCUCACCUCCUUACAAUAUUUUUUGCUUUAGAAGGCAUGAGUAUCAAAGUUGGAGUAGGGACAGUGAUAAAUUUUGUUAUGACCCAGUAGUAAAUCUACCAUAUUUUCCUGGGCCAAGGGUAAGAGUAGGAGGCUCAAAAUGACUUAACUAAGAGGUGGAAUUCUCUCUCCACCAGUGGAGAACUGCUCCCUGUAUUUUCUUCUCCUAUUCUAUUUAUGAGUAACCAGUCAGUAGUGUCCUGCUCCCAAGAGGAAUGUCAGUCCCAGUUUCUGCCAUAAAAUGCACUUUUUUAUUUGGACAGUCAUGGAGGUUGGACAUGUCAUUAAUUCAACAGUUUACAGGCAUGGAUUUCUUGGGAUAAAUCAUGAUUGUUAGGCUGUAGAACCCUUUUGUAAGACUAUUUACUAGAGCCAGAACAAUACCCAGACUAUAGACUUCAAUAGAUAAUUAUGUUUUAAGGGACAAUCUCUCCUAUGGGGUAUUCAAAGUCAGGUGACAGGGGUAAUUCUAAUGGGAUUCUACUGUAUUGUUUUUUUCUAUCAAUGUGACAUUUGACUAUUCAGCUAUUAGAUUACUUUUUUAAAAAAAAGUAAACAUCACAAAAUGUGACAAGGAUUAAUAAGUAUAAAAAUGUGAGCAUCACAAGAAUAUCACUUGAGUCUCCUGGCUUUCUCUUUUUCUGACAGAUUGUCACACCAUCACUGAAUUACGGAAUGAUUGUUUCAUAAUUCUCCUAGCAUACUUCCUCACUUCUUUAACUUUCUUUUGGGUAAGCAGAGGUAGUGAACAUAGUUUCUCUGGACUCUUUUUCCCAGAAGCUGUUGUUACCAAUCCAUGUUAACAUCUUUGUCAGUAAAGGGCAGACAGCUGUGGCAACAAGCCGAGAAGGCAGGUGCAUGUUGACAGGAUCAAGGUUCAUACAAUCGAGAUUGUUGCAACAUUUUUCUUUUCUUUUUUCUUUUUUCUUUUUUUGGAAAGAACCCCACAGUUUCAUUAGUAUGAUUUAUUCUUCUGUAUUCCAAGUUUAACUGAGGAAAAAUAAUGUGCAUAAUAUACCAUAAAACAGCAUUCAUUUAUUCAGUAGAUGUUUCUUAAGUGCCUGCUAUGGACGUGGCACUGAACUAAGCCCCAUAGGGGAGAUAAAGAGGUAUAAGAUCAUGGAGGCUGGCAUCUCUAUGCUCAAAAGUCCAUUGGAAAAGAUGGAGAACAUACACGCAACUAUCUCCACUUUAGCUCUCCAUCAGCAUCCGGCAAGACCAGUACAUACUGCAUACAAUACAUCAGUGUGGAUUUGUAUGCAGACGCACACCCAUGUAUAUGUAUGUAUUUAGCUACCUGUACAAACACUAUAUAUGUAUACACACUAUCUAUGUAAUAUAUAUGUAUAAUGCAUAUAAAUUCUAACAAGUGUAUUUGUGUUAUCUGGAAAAUGGAACAGUUGUAUCUUGAAGUGGUAAAUGCAGAGAACUGGUUUUAUUAUUGAUCUGUGGAUUUAAUGAUUUCUAGACAAAAAAGGAUGUUUAAGUGUAUAAUUUCUUUCCUUAAUUUAAUAUAUUUAUGUAAAUGCAUGCCUGGAAUUCUGGUUAGAUUGGUGGUGUUGUUGUCCUUUAAACUGAUAAAAUGUAUUAAACUUUAUCUUAUGAGCUAAUGUACA